AUGGGUCGUGGGGACAGCGAUAAUAUCGUAGAGCUAAUCGCUCUUGUCCUUGCAAUACCUGGUGCGAUCGCUGCCUUGGCCACACUGUGGAUUCUUCUGACAAGACGACGCUAUCGACCAAGAGGGCACAUCGACGCUAUCCCGGGUCGAGAUCUGGAGAACACAGCUGCCUCCCGCCCACGCGACGCCAACGACGAAUUAACCACGCGCCGAGCCGCAGACUGGUUCCAAGACCAGUACAUCCACCUGCACCGCGAAGUAACCGCCGAACGGCAAGAAUGGGCCGAAGAAAUGGAGUACAUAUAUCCAAACCUCUAG